AUUUUAGGAUUUGAAAAGCUCAAAUAUUGCAGAAAUAUGUAUGGCUCUUAUAACUGUUUGCCAUCUAAUCAAUCAUGAAAUGGUUCCUACAGUACAAAAUUUAAUAGAAGAAAAACUGAAUCAUUCACACCCUUUAGUAAGAAAGUUUGCCGUAUUAGCCUUUCAACAUUGUUUGAAUCAGUUACAGAAUUGGCAUAUUAGUUCAGCAGCAGUGCCUAAACUAGAAAAAGCAUUGUCAGAUGGAGAUUUAAGUGUAGUAACUUCUGCAAUUUCAACAUUAAAGCAGUUAACCAAGGUGUAGAUAUGGAGGCAGGGGAAUCUUUCCUUAAGUUACUUUAUGUAGAGUUAGAUUAUUAAUAAUUAUAAUUGAUCAAGGGAAUACAAAUUAUAAAACUAAAGUUUUAUU